GUAAGUUUCAGAUAAGUCUUUGUCCAUAAAGAGGUAGCACAAACUUUCUAUGAUAGGGCUAUAGUUAGAAAAGAUAGUGGGAAUCAUUCAUUCUACUGCUGUGCUGCUGCUCUGAUGGUGUGACUGCUAGAAGACAGAUCUUUAAAUAUCAGCACUUGAUUUAUCAGCAUACAUCUCCAGCUCAGAGGGAGGAGAAAAAAUAGUAAUGCUUCCUAAUCUGCUCUGGUUUGCUCUCACCAAUGGCUGAAUAUGGUGGCUCUAUAAUGGCUGUGGGUGAGGUCCUGCUAUGUGUGAGGAUCGCUGUUCCCAUUCUCUGGUUGAGGGUGUUUCUGCUUCUUUCUGGAUGGUCCCAUGUCGGGCACUUCUAUCACCAUGGUCCCCCAGAAGUGGUGAUUCCUUUGAGGAUAACAGACAGGAGCAUUGUCAAGAAGCCUACAGGCUGGCUUUCUUACUGCCUGCAUUUUGGUGGCCAGAGACACGUUUUCCAUAUAAAGGUCAAGAAGCUUUUGCUGUCCAAAAACUUCCCAGUGUUCACUUACACAGACCAGGGUGCUCUUCUUGAAGACCAGCCAUUUAUCAGGAGAGACUGCUAUUAUCAUGGUCAUGUAGAGGGGGAUCCAGAUUCCCUGGUUUCUCUGAGUACCUGUUCUGGGGGCUUUCAAGGAAUAUUACAGAUAAAUCACAUUCUUUAUGAAAUUUUGCCCAAAAGGCUUUCUACCACAUUCGAGCACCUGGUAUAUAAGAUGUACCCCGAGGAGAAACAAUUCCCACCUAUGAGGUGUGGAUUAACAGAUGAAAAGAUAGCACGACAUGUGAAGUUUCAAGAGAGCAGUAAUUCCACUUUGGUGCAAAGUGAAUAUGAAGGUCUGUGGAUGCACAAGAGAUAUGUUGAAAUGGCAGUGGUUGUAGACUACAAUCGAUAUGCCUAUCGUGAAUAUAAUGUCACAACCGUGCAGCUGGAAGUGAUUACUACUAUGAACAAUGUAAAUACCUUCUACCAACCUCUAAAUGUCGACGUGAGUUUAGUUGGAAUGGAGGUCUGGAAUGAAGGAAACCCUGUUGAAAUAGAGAACAUGGAUGUACUUGUGGAUUUAUUUUGCGCCUGGAAGAAAAAAGGCUUCAAUGCCCGUGUGCCCCAUGAUGCUGCCCAUGUUUUUGUAAAAAGAAGAUAUGGUAUUCUUGGCAUAUCUUAUGUCGGAUCAAUAUGUAACUAUAAUACUAACUGUGCAGUGGAUGCUUUCACAAGUGAUAAUUUGGGUUUUUUUGCAUUUGUUGUGUCACAUGAGCUUGGCCAUUCUCUGGGUAUGUGGCAUGAUGAAGAAACGUGUAAAUGUGCAGACAAUGUGUGCAUAAUGUAUGCAGAACAGUCUCAGGCAACUAAAUUCAGCAACUGCAGUUAUGCUCAAUAUUGGCACACUGCUGUAGGAUCAAGAUGUAUCUUCCAUCCACACACUCCAGAGAGAAUCUUCAAGUAUACGCGCUGUGGGAAUGGUGUGGUUGAAGAAGGAGAAGAGUGUGACUGUGGCUCCUUAAAUGUGUGUACAAAAGAUCCAUGUUGUCAGUUAGACUGUACUCUGAGUCCUGGAGCUACUUGUGCUUUUGGGCUUUGUUGCAAAGACUGCAAGUUCAUGCCAUCAGGUGAUGUAUGUAGAGAACAGGCUAAUGAAUGUGAUCUUCCUGAGUGGUGUGAUGGGACAUCCUAUCAGUGUCCAGAAGAUGUGUACGUGCAAGAUGGAGUCAAAUGCACAGGUGGCGGCUACUGCUAUGAAAAGAGAUGCAAUAUCCGUGACGAACUCUGUAGCAGACUUUUUGGCCCAAAUGCCAAGAGUGCAAGUCAGAUUUGCUACAGUACAGUGAAUAUUCAGGGUGACCGUUUUGGUAACUGUGGUCUCAAGAACAAUCAAUUUAUAAAAUGUAAUACCUCAGAUACCCUGUGUGGGAGGGUGCAGUGUCAGGAUGUGGCAAAAAUCCCCACUCUGAGAGACCAUUCUACUCUGCACUGGCUUCACUUCAAUGACAGCAUCUGCUGGGGUACAGAUUUCCACUAUGGGAUGCCCUUGCCUGAUCUUGGUGAAGUAAAAGAUGGUACAGAGUGUGGUGAAGAACGUAUCUGUGUUCAAAGGAAGUGUAUCCCUUUGGCAUAUUUGAAAACUGAUUGUUCACCCAAGACCUGCCAUAGGAAUGGGAUCUGCAACAAUAGACAUCACUGCCAUUGUAGCCAUAAGUGGAAGCCCCCCAGCUGCCAGGUAAAAGGCAAUGGAGGUAGUGUUGAUAGCGGCCCACCCCCAAUAAGAAACGGGACUGAAGUGCCACGGAAGGAACAGCAAAAGAAGACUUACCAGCUGCUAUUUCAGUUGGUGCCUUCUUCAGUUUUAUUAUGUUGUUUGUUAAUUUGGUUUUUUAUGAGAAGGGAAAAAAUGGAGAAGAAGGAAGAACAGAAUGUUUCACCUGCACCCAAUGAACAGCAGAAUGAAUCACCUGAACCUAAUCAAGAAGUAAAUGAAAACUAAAGAGUUAUGAUUCCCAAAAAGAUACUCGAUCCCCAAUGAACUUGCCUAUUAAGUUUUAGCACCCUGUCAGGAGAAAGGUUACAGCUUUCAUCACAGAUCACUGACAGAAAAUCCCUGAGAUUUUUUAUCAUUUGAGAUCAUAAAUGCUAGCCGCUGAGCAAUAACCAAAAUAUACUAAUUCUCGGCACAUUUAUCUUUUCCAUUAUUUUAAGUAAUCUUAGCACUUGAUUUUAUUUUAUGGAAUUAUUCUGUGUCUCCUGAACAAUGGCAGGACCAGCAGAGGGUGUGUUUUUGUCUUUAACUCACUGUCUGACAAUUCCAAACACCCUUCCCCUUUGUAAUCUGCUUUCAUAUGCAAAGAAUAAGAGACCACAAGUCACAUUUCUCCUUUGUGAGUCCUCCAUUUAUACCUAUACCAAUAGUGGAAAUGAGAGGGAGACUGGACAUGGGAAGUGUUUUGAAUGUUGUUCAUGAUGGGGUUGCCUCACUGACUCUCACCUUGAAGAGGCAGUGCCUUAUACUCUUUAUGUUACCACAUAUAGAUAUGAAUGUAGGUGUAGAUAAGGACAGAAUGGUAUUAUAUAUAUGAUCUACAGAUAUGCACUUGCAUAUGUUUAUAAAUGAUCUAUAGAUAUACAUUUGCAUAUGUUUAUAAUAUAUACGCAUAUGGAUUUUUUUCUUUUGGUAAUUCCCAGAAUCGACAGUACUGUUAGCCUCAGAGAUACUGGCACAGCUAUGUAAUGUCUUACCCUUGGAGUUCUAGACACCCAGUGUCUGAAUCCUCCACCAAAUCCCGGAGGUUGAACACCAUUUGCCAACCAUUUCCCCAGUGGUCAGAGUCUUAGAUCCAUGGGACUCACUCCAAAAGUGUGGCUUCCAAUAAGCACAUUUCUUCCCUUUGAUCUCAGUCUCCCAUGCAAUAGCUGCACUUCCUGUUAGGGAAGCAUGGAUGGCUCAGGGAGGCCCCCUUGCUUGCUGGUCUUGGGAUAAUGGAGAACACAGGAAGGAGUCUGACUUCAGAAGCUCUUGAAUUUUCCACACCACUGCCUUUACCAUCUUGGGGACAUGUUUCAUACUCUGGUAGAAUUACUUCAAAAUCUCAAAAGAUAAGAAAAUGAUACUUGACAUUCCACCCUUGGUAACUUCACUUGUGAUAUAAGAUGCAGAAGAUACUUACAAUUCCAGACAGUUGGUGAGGAACUUGUUUCAGGCUGAACAUUGACCUCAUCAUUAAAGUGACCUAAAUUCCUAGAGUGCUUAAAAACGUUUCUAGAACUAAAGGGAGAGAUAUUUCACAAGAUGCCAAGAGCCCACAAGAAGAUAUAAGAUCUCUAAAUUAAAUCUUUGAGGAUACCUCUAAAAUUAUUUGUGUUCUAGAUUUAACUGCUUAGCAACAAGACUUUCCCAAUUCCAAAGACCACAGCAACUGGAUAAAAGUUCUACUCUGCCUCCAACUUCUCUAUCAAGCUUUAUCUUAACUCUUCAAUAUGAAUAAAUGUGAUUACAUUUUUUUAUCCCAAUUUUAUGAGCUCCCUGAACACAGUAGAACAUUUUAUCCUCAGUACUUCUGCCCUGUUCCCAAAUUAUUUUCUGAACACUAAACCACAUUAUGGAACACUUGUAAUAUAUAGGUUCCAGAAAGAAGUUUUACCCUAUUUAAACCAUUUUAUAAAGAUACAGACAUCAGUAAUCAUCUGCGACUUUCAUUACAAGGUCAGUAAAUAACUCAGAGACAUUUCAUAUGUACAAAUAAAUAUGCUCAACUAUUAGGAAAGAACUGCAUCAGCAAGAAAAGGGAAGGUAAAAUUUAAAAGGAGAGAGAAGUGAAUUAAAUAUACUGUGGAUUUUGAUGUCAGCACCUUGGUGAUAAAAGACAUUUUUCCUCCCUCACCCCUCUUUUUAAACAACUAUUCAGACACCCAUACAUGAACAAGAGUGCCUUAGCAUUGGGAGAGACCAGGGAGGACUCUUGCUCAUUUGAGGCAAGGGCAAAUAAACAAUCAAGACUUUGGUGAGAGAUGCAAAACCAAAGGAGUUGACAAACCUAUCCCACUUCCAUUUGCUUUGGCAAAGAGGGAAAACAAGCAAACCUGGAGAAUACUGAACUGAGUAGAAAUAAAUAGGUGAGAAAAAAAUUGAUAUAAGUUCAGCCUGCCAGACGGGAGAUUCCAGCAUGUCAUUGGAGUGGGAUAAGGACAAAUUUGGUUGCAAUGGACAAUGAUGAACUUGACUAGAGUCAUGGCCCAUCCUCAGGGUAAUAAUACUGCAGAGUAAGCUAUCUGGCAGCGGCAGCAGAGAUAUUUUCUGCAGAGGUCCAAAGUCCAUUUCUCCUAUGGAGGAGGUGGAAAAAGUGUGUGGCUGCACAGCUAACCCACUUUUGGGAGUCUCCAGUGGAGAAACCUGUUUGUCUCCAGUAGCUCCCAAGUUUGUGAAGAAGAAGGGAAAAAAGCAGACAAGAAUAUCAAAGUUCAUAAAAGAAACAUGGUUCAUGCUAUGUUUUUAGGACUUCACAAGAAGUGUGAACAAAAGCCUCUGGGAUUGCCCAUGGGAAGAUCUCCUUACCAACCUAUAGGUAUCUCCAAAACCCAGAUUGCGGAACCCACACCUCUCCCCACUCUGUGGUGGGUAUCUUGUAUAUGCUCCUGAGUGUGGCAGUGAGAGAAAUGUAGAUAAUCAAUGUGCUCUCAGAAAAAUGGUUCACAGUUUGUGAGUGAAAGAGAUCAUAAACUGGAGCUGUGGCAUCACCUUCUGAAAAACAAAAUAGAAGUUUCUCAGCCAGUUAGAUAAGUUACGAGAUCAAGAGUGAAGGAAAAAAAAAAAAAAAAAAAAAGCUAAUGAAUUCUACCACAA